AUGCUCUUAUGCGGUUUGGAUCUUUCAAGCAAUAAACUCACAGGAGACAUCCCACAACAACUUCCAACUCUCCAGGGAUUGCAAUUUGUAAAUCUCUCCGGCAACUUUUUGAAAGGAAGCAUUCCAAAUAACAUUAGCAACAUGAAGUCAUUGGAAUCUGUUAGAGUCGGUGACCUGAUUCGAAAAGCUCGCGGCCGAAUUCCUCCGGGCAUCUCAAGUUUAACUUACUUGAGUUCCUUGGACUUGUCUUACAACAAUUUGUCAAGAAAAAUUCCUUCAAACACCCAACUACAGAGUUUCGAUGCUUCUAGCUUUAUUGGAAAUGAACUCUGUGGACCUCCACUUCCAAUGAACUGUGAAGGAGACCAGAUAGUACCAACUGCUGAAAAUGGAGGACAGAAGGAAGGUGAUUGA